AUGAUCCUCAGCCCUGCCGCGUCCGGCCCCUCCUCACUUUCAAAAAUAUCCGCGACUCAGAUUCUCCUGCUGCUUGAUACCAUCAGUGAAAGAGAGGGAAAGGCGAAGUGGGACUCCAAGAGGGAGAAGAUACAACGACUGCUCGAUUCCAACGGCAUGGAGGUCUUUGCCCAGUUCUUCCGGCGAACCAUCACCCUCAAUACCGCCGCCAUCUUUCAGGGUGCCAAAGACUUCGAUCAGGGCAGCUACAAGUUACUGCGGGAAGAGUUGGACAAGGUCGCCUCGGACCCAGAACAGCCGUCCAAGAUUGCCGAGGCCAUCGACACUUCCAAGGAAGACUUAUUCCGCGACUUUGACCUCGUUGCCUUCAUCCAACACUUCUUCGCAGAUACCCUUCCUCAAGUCAUUCUCGCCGUUGCCUUCACAAAAUGCGCUCGAGUCGAUCUGAGGACAAAGGCAGAAACCUUCCUAGCCGAGUUUGCUCAAAGCUCUCUGCGCUCUCUGUCGGAGAGGCGUGGUGGGAACGCACAGACAUUCGCCAUUGAGAACAUCUGCUCCGUGAUUGAAUACUUUGCCCUAGCAGCCGCAACGACCACGCAGCAGCAGAAGGAUGAUCUUUGGCGUGCAGUCAUCAGUCGGUACACAGGUAGCAAACCCGAUCAAUUCUAUGGUGCCUACCAGCUCCUACGCCUCCCAACUGAAGCUCGAGACAUCGCCCGCGGUCUACAGCGGCAUGGACCUAAGGCGGUCGCGUCAGACCAAGCUGCGCGAGAUUUUCUCGCGUCCUUUCCUGCAGCUAGUGUCACAGAGGCAGAAGUUGCCAAUGCCCUCCUAUUUCUCGUCUUCUCCAUCAACCAACAAUACGACAUAGCAAAUUUGGUGGAGGCUUCCCGCGCAAAGCAGCUGGAUUGGAAUCUGGUUAUUCAAAGAUUUGAUACUCCAGGUCUCCGAUUGCGGAGAACAGAUUUUCCAAGAUUGUACAGAUCUUUGCUACACGUGGCGCAGGAAGACCCACAUUUCGACGUCCAGAAGCUCUGGGGAGGAAGAUGGCAGAAUCCAGACACGCAGAUUUCCUUGCUUAGUGGAUUUCUCACUUCUUCGUCGACGGACAUCCAUCCUACGACAAUACCCCGUCUCCGUGAGGCUUUGCCCCCCGAAGACUUGAACAAUUUCUCCCCAGAAAUGACAAGAUUGAUCAGUGCUGAGCUCGACGGGCCAUACGUAUCUGCCGAUGCUUGCCAGGCCAUUUUCGAAGUUGUUCUAGGACCCGGUACGGGGACCGAUGGAGAAGAUCGACUCGAUAUAUUGCAGGAUGUAUACCACAAUCACCCGGCCACCUUCCUCCUAUAUCUGGCGAGAACCAACGCAAAGUCCUGGGUACCAGACCAGGAAAAGUUCAUCGCUGAAUGCUUUACCUUGUUCCUUGAGAAGCAACGACCAGACUAUCGACCUGUCCUUGAAACACUCGCGUCUCAGUACCCGCAAUACUUGUUCGAACUUUGUCAUAUCGUCUUUUCGCUCGAUCCUCGACAGACAGAAGUUAUAUACGAACGUGCCCAAGAAUUCGGUUGGAUUGAAGAAUUCCUCAAACACUGGUCAAACCCUCUGGCACUUGACAUAGCCUGCAUGCGAGAUAAGAUUGAUCCUGCGUUUGAUCUGGACCGGUAUCUCUCCGAAGCCGCUGAUGGACAGACAAAUCUGGGCAUGAUUCUCUGCAAAUACCUCCGGAUCAAGGCGGACGACGAAUUUCGAGUCCAGCGUGGCGACAGCACUCCGCAAUCCAUUCCUCUCACUCUCCGAAGUGUACAUACCCUCCUGGAAAAGCUUGAAGACCAUCUCGACAAUCGUGAGCUAGUUGAGGCUGCACAGACUACGUGCUUGCAGACAUAUCCUCGGUUGAUGAACUAUGGAGCCGGCUUCGAUGACGUAUUGGAGAAAAGCAGCGAAGAGAAAGGCAACAAACUUUCCGAAACCAUCGACAAACAAAUGUCGGAAUUGUUUGGUCGCAUGUACCGAUCGGAGUUGUCGAUCCGUGACAUGGUGAACGAAAUGCGGAGGUACAAAACUUCUAGAGACCCUGACCAGCAAGAUCUCUUUUGCUGCAUCGUCCAUGGUCUAUUUGACGAGUACGUUUGCUACAACGAGUAUCCAGAAGAUGCGCUGGAGAAGACGGCCCUUCUAUUUGGAAGCAUCAUAAAGUACAAACUACUCCCCUCCAUCCCUCGAGACUUUGGCCUCGCCCUUAUCCUCCGAGCUGUUCGCGAACACGAACCUGAUAGUCUCAUGCACCGCUUUGGCAUCGAAGCCUUACUUCAAAUCAGCGAUCAGCUUUCGGAAUGGCCUGGACUAUGUAGUCUCCUGCUGCAAGAGCCUUCCCUGCAACACCCGGAAAUCUUGCAACGAGCAGAAGAAGGUCUCCGUGCACAGCAAGCUGCUGGAAACGGUCAGGGUGCGAACGGCGUGUCAGGUACUCACGCGACAAAUGGGGAUGAUUUUGUCGUGCUGGAUACGGGCCGUGGCUUUCGAGCAUUGCGUGCUGACCCUCCUCCUGCUUCCGCCCACUUUCGGGAUCCGGAUCAGAAAAUCCAAGAGAAAAUUCUGUUUGUCAUCAACAACCUCUCGAAAGAUAAUAUGUCCAGCAAAUUGGCAGAUCUGAAAGAAUCUUUUACUCCUGAGCACUAUCAGUGGUUUGCUUCAUACCUAGUGGAACAGCGUGCCAGGUUAGAGCCGAACAACCAAGAGAUGUACUUCCAGUUUGUCAGUAUGCUCAAUGACAAUCUGCUCAUGUCAGAGGUUAUACGCGAGACCUACGUCAGCAUUGUCAAGAUCAUGAGCGCCGAGUCGACGAUUAGUUCAGCCACGGAAAGGAGUCACCUAAAGAAUCUUGGAGGCUGGCUCGGAUCCCUCACCCUGGCGCAGGAUAAACCGAUUAAGCACCGAAACAUCUACUUCGUCGAUCUCCUCGUGGAAGGGUAUGAAACUCAGAGGCUGGUUCUCGUAAUACCAUUUACGUGUAAAGUCCUGGCGCAGGGCACACACUCAAUGGUCUUCGUACCACCAAACCCCUGGCUGAUGGAAAUAGUCGGAGUUCUGUUGGAGCUUUACCAUUUUGCAGAGCUCAAAUUGAAUCUCAAGUUUGAGAUUGAAGUGCUUUGCAAAGACCUUAAACUCGAUUUCAAGAAGCUUGAACCUGCGACGAUCAUUCGAGACAGACCACAGACUGAAGACGACAUGGCAAACAUUCCUGCACUACCAGACGGCCUGGAAAACUUUGACGACAUGUCCUUGAAUGGUGCCAUAACCCGCGCUGUCCGCGAACGACUUUCCGCGCCUGAGAUUAUGGCAACGCUUCCAAGCCUAGAGGACGUGCUCAAGUAUCCUCCCACAUCUGGCUCGCCCGCAGAUCAAGCGAUGGUCAAGAGCAUCAUCUACCGCGCUUUUGACCAAGCUAUCCAAGAAAUUAUCGCGCCUGUUGUCGAACGGUCGAUCACAAUAGCAUCCAUCUCAACCGCCCAGCUUGUUGCCAAAGAUUACGCACUUGAGCCAGAUCCGGAAAAGUACCGCACAGCUGCUCGACAAAUGGUCAAAUCCCUUGCUGGUAGUCUGGCUCUUGUUACGUGCAAGGAGCCGCUUCGGAUGAGUAUCUCCAAUUACAUUCGUCGUCCAGCCCAAGACGAUUUGCCAGAGCAUCUUUUGCCUGAAGGAGCCAUCUUGAUGUGUGUCAACGAUAAUCUGGACACUGCGUGCUCAUUCGUCGAACAAGCGGCCGAGCAACGCGCUGUUGCUGAAAUUGACCAGGUCAUCGAGGCUGAUCUAGAAGAACGCCGUCGAUUCCUUGCCGAAGGGGGAACUAGGGAUUUCAUUCCGUCAGGAAUCAAUCGUUGGUCAGCAUGGAUACCGGAGCCCUACAAACAAACCGUCGGCGGUCUUAACGAGGCACAACGGGCGGUCUACGAAGAGUUCGACCGCCGAGUGCAUGGAAUGAACGCGAGCCACAUUCCCAAUACUUCCGCCGACUCCACCGGGCGCCAGAUCCCUGACGUGCUGCAAGAUACUCUCACAAUGCCGAACUUGUCUACACCUGCUGACCAGCCUGUGCUGCCUCAUCAAAGUCCAUUGGUCCAACAAGAAAGUCGGAUGCUCUCCGCAAUGCAGCAGCCGCGGGUCAAUGGCUUUCCCGAGACAUUGCCACCCCAUGAUAGAAUCACCGUUCUCAUCGAAGACAUUCAAAAGGCAGCUAGGGCAUCUGAAGCGACACGCCUGAAAGAUCUGGAGAAGAACAGCUCAAUCUUCCAAGACUUCCGCCAGAUCCUGAUUGUGCUCACUUCUUCCACGCGCCCAGCAGCCGAUCUUCUGGCCCGGCAGAUCGCAGAGAAGAUCUGCCAUAUAUUUGUCACCAAGCCUCCAGAAGGUCCUCUCGAGGCAGAGGUCUUGGCCUUCUUGCUUUCCAAACUCUGUCAACUUUCUGACCUCAUUGUCCGAGACGUUCUGAGGUGGAUGACUGCCAAUGAAGACUUGCUACUAGCCAGCUCCAAUGUGGUAGUGGCGCUGAUCACGGCAGGCUUGAUGGAAUUUGCCCGGGUCGAUGUCGCGAUCGCUUCAGUCAUAAUGAGUCGGAACAUCCACGGCCUUAAUGUCCUUGCUGAGAUUAUGGAUCAGACCCUCUUCACUGAUGAACCCACGGCUCUGCGAGCAGACUUUGCACAUAGUCUCGUUGCGAUGUCAGCUUGGGUCAAGGAGAAACCAGAUCUUCCGGUCGCCCCUGAAAUCAACGCAAAACUCAAGGCCCACGGCAUGCCCGAAUUUGUGAGUGUGGAGAUUACGGACAAAGCCAAGGCGAAGCAAGACCAAAUGCGCUACGUGUUCGACGAGUGGGUAGGCAUCUUUGAAAGCAUUGGUCCCAAUGAGAGCACUUGCGCGGCAUUCCUCAAAGAGGUCCACAAGGAGCAGACGAUCAACAGCACCGAGGAUCUUGCCGAAUUUUUGCGAUUGUGCAUCGACUCGUGCAUUGAAUGCUACGACCGGGAAGCGCAGAGUCCUAGGGGGAGCGUGGACGUGGCUUUCUCACACGCGGAUGCGCUUGGUCGCCUAGUGAUCAUGCUUGUCAAAUUUCAGGGCGAUACCAAUGGGGCAGUUCGACUCAGCAAGGCACCCUACCUUGAAACUAUCUUGACGAUGCUUGUGUUGAUUUUGAACCACCACCAGAUCAUGCGAGGAGUAACUUUCCACCAGAGACUUUUCACGCGACUGUUUGCGAAUAUGCUCUAUGAGUAUUCGGCAGCUCGACUGGACACGACUGCCGACCACAAUGACCUGAUGUUUGCCUUUGCCAAGUGCUUCAAGUCUCUGCAGCCGACGUGGUUCCCAGGAUUCACUUACGGAUGGUACAGCCUUAUUAUACAUCGAGUCUUCGUUGCAGGUAUGCUAAAGCCGAACAAUCACGCGGGAUGGGAUACGUACCGCGAGCUCAUUGGUUUGCUCCUCCUCUACAUCUCGGAGCUGUCACAGACGCCUGGUUUCGACCUCUUGAAUCUGGAUCUAUACAAAGGCACAUUGAGGAACAUCCUCAUCCUGCUCCACGACUAUCCUGAAUUCCUUUGUGAAAACCACUCAUACUUUUGCUCGCGGAUCGCAUACGGGAUCCCACAGCUACGGAACUUGAUACUCACAGCGAAACCAUCAGCAUACCACGAUCUCCCGGACCCCAUGACGCCAGGGUUGAAGAUUGAACGACUUGAGGAGAUGAAGAGACAUCCGAUUCUGGCGCGGGACUUUGACAGGCCACUUCAACAGGCGGACCUCGAAGACAUGACGCUUGGGGCGAUUCGAAAAUCGGGCGAGAUGGAAGGGGCCUUGAAGCAAAUCAAGCUGGCCCUCCAAGAAGGGCAGAAGGAGACGAUGACCAUGGCUCCGGUCAAGACUGUGGAAAUCAUGAACGCUCUCGUGCCGUUCGUCGGCCAGGAGGCGCUCAGCAACUCCCCCGGGAGGUUCGACUCUGGUUCAGCGCCCGUGGUGUUUUUGGCCAAGCUUGCUGUCAGCUUGGGCUAUGAAGGCCGCUAUCAACUCCUCAAUGCGAUUGCGGACCAGGUUCGCUACCCCAGCACGCACACCGACUUUUUCUGUAAGCUGAUGCUCCACCUCUGGGGAUCUGGGAGUGGGGAUGAGCAACAGCGAGAAUUCCGGGAGCAAAUAUCACGGGUGGUAUAUGAACGGCUCACGGUUGCGCGGCCGCACGUCUGGGGGAUGACUAUUCUGUUUCUCGAACUGCAGCAGAACAGCAGCUACGGCUUCUGGGAGAAUCUGGCACCAGACGCCAACAUGCAACAACGCCUACAACAAGCGAUGCGGACGGCGCACUAG